AUGGCAGACGCCCAAGUACACUCUGGCCCCUACGAUGCCAUCCCGGACACGGCCUCGCCCGGCCUGCUCUUCCUCAGAUGCCUGCUGCCGGCCCUCGACUCCCUCGGCCCCUUUGACGCCCGCGGCGGCCAGCCGGACCUCAUCGACUACCUCGCCCCCGGCGCAACCUUUGUCAUGAACGGCGGCCCGCCGCUCCGGGCCGUCGACGUCCUCCAGAUGCUGCCCAAGCGCGCGGGUCGCCUCGCCCGCUUCCACCACGACGUGCGCAUGGCCUGGGACGUGGCCGCGCGCGACGGCUCCGGCCGCCGCACCGUCAUGUACGAGUCCACCAGCAUCUCGACCUUCAAGGACGACCCCGAGGCCGUCGAGGUCCAGGUCGCCGAGUUCAACGUCGUCGAGCUGGUCCCCGUCGCGGACCCCACGACCGGUGAGACGCCGCUCAAGGCCCUUCAGCUGCGUGCCUUUUGGGACGGCGCCCCGGUGACGUCAAGGGCCCAGAUGAUUGCCAAGGAGUAG